AAUCAUAAUUUGCUCUGGUCUGGGGGUGCACGUGCCCCCCUAAACUCCGCCUAUGUUACCAAACGCGAACCAUCGCGUUCUUUUCUCUAGAUUACUCGUCGGAUUUAACUUCGUUUCAUGCAAAUUUUCAUGCCAAAAAAAACAUCUCAUAGGUUUCAACGACAUGUGGAGAGGAAGAACCUUCUAAAGGAUCAGGUACCUGUUGCGGUGAGGGAGAUCUUUACCAAGCUAAUGGAUGGUUACCCAGAAUUCUCUGCCUGUGGAAGAACAGUGGCCGCAUUUGUCAUGCAUUCCCCCACAAGAUGUGAGGUAAUUGCUCUUGGGACGAGCAGUUUGAUUACAAACACAAGUCCAGCACUCACAGGAUGAAUCCUGCAUGAUUCCUAUGCGGUGGUAACUGCUCUGAGAUCACUGAUAAGCUCUCCAAAUAAAAGCAGUCCAGCUUUGGCCAGUCGGCUUUGUAAAGCAGCCAUGUUUAGUCGAUUUAAAUCGGUAUCUAAAGAAGCCCAGAGGGAGGAGCUACUCAACACCGUCACCUACAGAGAGGCAAAGAUGAUGGCAGAGCCGUAGGAGGAAGCGAAAAAUAUCGGCCAGGAAGGGCUACGGGCGGCCAGUGGCUGGAGAAACCGCCGAUCAGUGACCAUUUCAACAUGCACAGAACAUCAGAUGCGCAGACACAACAACCUCCAGUACCGUACUGAUUCCAGUCUGAAGUCCAGCUGAAAGCAACAGCAGUGUCAGCCGACCGAUAUUGGGGGCAUGUGUUAGGACACAGGUGAAUCAGUUUUCCGGCUUAUUCAGACUGAGAAAGAGGCAUGUCGAUUUUGCGGAUAUUACGGCCAAUCACAAUGUACUGGUUAGUUGGCCAAUCGGACGACACUGCGCCUUUCAGAACGAUGAGCUUUGUACAAAAUCAACGUGUUUCAGGGAGGCAGGGCAUAGAGGAGCAACAAUAAUGUACGAUGUCCAGAGCUUCAGUAGCCUCCAUCGGUCAGCAUCAUCAUAUCGCUCUCCAACAGCUGGAAGCCAUAGCAACCACAUCUCAUUCAUUUCUGGGACCCAACAAACGUCAGAAGUUCAUACAGGAUGAGGACGAAGGGAGCGCAGUGCUGGUCAGCUCUUGUGUACGUCUGUUGGAGAACAUGGAGCUGCAAUGUUCUGUCGGUCAGCUGCUAAAUGAGACGGUACGGUCUCAGCACAAGAUCCUCAAUUCUGGAACCAACUCGCUGGUGUUUCUGGCCGGGAUCUGGAGUAGAGUAGCACUGGAUUGUCUGCACAGAGGAAUGACUGUGUUAGACAUAAAAACAGGCAUGACCAAAGGACUAGAGGUGUGUUUGGAGGCAUGCAUGCAGUCGGCUGUAUGUUUGAAAGAGGUUUCCAGCAGAGAGAAACCAUCAAAUACACCUUCAGACUCGCAGGGUAAUUUAGUCAGAGAGCGGUUUUUGGGGGUUCAUGACACAACCAUGCCCAAAGAAAAUGUCAGGUCGACAAUGAAACACAGCAGACACUUUAGUUCACAAUAUGAAGAGGCGAUGAAAAGCUUUGAUAUGUCUCACGUAGCACAAGCCGUAAGCCACGGAUGUGAGGCCUCCAUGAAUUUAGUUUUGGAAGCUUGCAAGUUGCAAGGAAACGUCACGGAUAAGUGUUGGAACGGUGCUCUGGAUGUCCAAAAGCUGGUCACAUGCCCAGUGUCAGGGCUUUCUGAGAAACACUCACAGGUGCUACACGGGUAUGUCGUGCUUAUAUCUGAUGAACAGUCCUUGGUAGUUCAACACCUUCAGGAAAAAACAUUAAAUAUCGCUCUGGUGAAUGGCGACUUGAGUGAGAAAUAUCGGCACGUGGGAUUUAACCGGCCUGCACGUGUCACACACAUAGCAGAUCAUGCUAACCUGACGUGUGUCAGUCGAGAAGAGCACUGGAUCCAAUCUGCGUUAAAAACACUUUGUGGACUGAGCGUAAACAUCUUGCUUGUGAGCGGUGUGGUCUCCAUAAAACUGAAGGACCAUUGCAUUACCUCCAACAUUUUGAUUAUUGAACGUGCAAGAAGCGACAUUUUGAAGGAUUUUAGCAUGUCCACAGGGGCCGUGCUCGUGUCUUACAUCACACAGCUCAACGAACGGUACGUGGGCCGAGGGGUGAAGGUCAGUCGAUGGAGAGAAUUCGGGAGAGACGGAUCAACCGCCAUCAGCAUUACGACCGCAGGCACGUCUCUGGUGACGGCGGUCAUAACCAGCUCUGUACCUGCUGAGUUACAAAGUCUGGAGGAUCGGUUUUGGAGCUGCGCGCACCGACUGAACCAGGCGCUCGCAGACGGGAAGCUUCUUAAGGGAGCAGCGGCUACAGAGCUCCUCUGCAUAUGGCAGCUUUAUAAAUCCACACAGACUGAGAUGGAGAAUCCUCACGAGAAGGUUGUGAUGCAGCUGAUGGCCGACGGCUGGAUGGAUUACAUUUCCACACUGAUGCUGAACUGUGGGACAGUGUCGUCUAAAGCGGAGGCUUGGACGGCUAUCGCACACCAGCUGAGACUGUGCGAGGAUGGAGAACCCAUGUCUGUUGAAGUAUUAUGGGCACCUGUGGAAAGACAGACCUUCGGUGACUUCAUAAGAAAUCAGAAUGAGGUGGAGGUGGAGACAGAUGUGAGUGCUGCUGUGUAUGAUAAUGUGACAGUGAAGUUUGAAGCGUGGAGGAGAGCGCUGGAUCUGGUGCUUCUAGUUCUCCAGUCUGACACUGAGAUCAUUACAGGCGUCAACGAAAGAGAAAAUGUUUCCAAAGAGUUCAUGUAUCUUUAAGACUGAUGGACUUUAG